CUUAUUAGGUAAGUGAAGAUACAGGGGACAAAAGGUGGACUGAAACGAAUCCCCUCCCAUAGUCUUGCGUUGGGGCAGGGCUUACGUUGAGACAGACAGUUAAAGACUGAGUCUUGUCAAACCUGUUGUCAUUUCUCCAGACAAGUUUAGCUGCCUGCUUUGAGUUUAGAGAUCGCUUGCAUUCUACUCACCUGCCAAAAUGAUGGAAGAAGUGUCUAUUGCUGUGGCCUAUGAUGCCCAUAUUUUUGACCAGAUGUCAGAGGAGGAGAUUCUGGCUAGUCUAGUAGUGGAGACUCUACCAAAGCAAGUGGUUACCUCUAAAAAGCCAAAAUUAAGAGAUAACCAAGUGCAGCCAGAAGACCCACUCGACAGGUACGAGAGAGAAAACCAUAAGCUUCAGGAGACCAGUUUGCGCCUGGAGCAGGAGAAUGAUGACCUUGCACAAAAACUCGUCACCAGCAAGAUUGAGCUGAGGAAUGCUCUAGAUCAGACCGAGGACCAGGUGGAUGAAUUAACCAAAGAGCUUUUGAAAACCAAACAGCUUCUGAUGAUUACAGAGGAGGAGAAAAAGGGAAAGGAGGAGGAGGCUUCACAGCUGAAAGAGAUGUUUAGGAAAGAGCUGGACAAAGCAGAAGCAGACAUUAAGAGAUCAAACAACAUCAUUGCCGACUACAAGCAGAUUUGCUCUCAGCUGAAUGCUAAGCUUGAAAACCAGAAGGCUCAAGCAGACAAAGAGCUGGCAGUUGUCAAGAGCAAGAUGCUGGAGUGUGAGCAGUGCAGACACAUCUUUAGUAUGGAUGGAUCAAUUCAGCUGUGCUCUGAAAAUAAAGAAAGCAGUGUUCAGGAUGAAGUCAAAGCCUCUCUCAGAGAACAAGUCCAGGAGUUAGAGAAAGAGCUGGCUCAGACCAAGCUACAAAUGGUGGAGUCUGAAUGCAAGAUACAGGAGUUGGAACACCAAAAUACAGUUCUGACGAGUGAACUUCAGGCAGCUAAAAACACGUGGCUCAGAAAAACUCUGGGCUCUUUCAGGACAGCUGCCAGCGGCCAUCAGAACUCAUCUCAAACAGAUCCUGCCUGGAGCCCCGCUCAUAACCCCCACUCCAGCUGGGUCACCAGAAGGCUCUCCUGGGCACAUCGAGAAGGGAGAGCAGCCAAAGUAUGA